AGAAAAAUGACAUUGAGUUGUUUAUAAGACAUGAUCUUAACCCUAAAAAGGGCUGGACAUAAAAUCCAUAAACGAAAUCUGAACCGAACUCGAACCGAAAACUAUGAUAUGUAUCCAGUCUAAAAUGUAACAAAGUCUGAAUGAAUCUUGUAUGGUGUUAUAAACUAUAUCCGAACUCGAACGGAUAAUCCGAGAAACCAAAAAAUCCUAUAAAAUAUCUAAAAAUGAUCUGAAUGUUAAUAUACACUCUAAAUAUUUGAAACAUAAAUACAUACUUCAAUAUUGAAUUUCAUACUUAUUUCGAUAUGAUAUUUAAAAUUUGAAUAAGUACCUUAAAUACUUAGUUCUAUAUAAAUAAGUGUAUAUUUCUUAUGUUUUGUUUUUAAAUUUUAGAUUUUACUUUGGAUAUAUUCGAACCAAUAUAAUCUAAAUUCUAACAAUAUAUGGUUACUUUAUGGGUUUUAGCUAAAAUGUGAUACAAAAACGAUCUGAAACUGAUCUAAUCCAUACUUACAAAUUUAUUAGUUUGGUACCUACGACGUAUUACAAAAUAGAACUGAAAUUCAAAGAGAAUCUACUCAAACACCCAGGCUUAACGUUAACUAUGUUCUCGGUCGUCUGCUCAUAAUAGCCCAAAUGGUCUCCAACUCUCCACUUGGUUGCCUACUGGUGGGUUUAAAAAUCUCCCAAGGUGGGCCAGUGAAAGACUCUCAAGUCUCCGUAUCUGUCGUAUAUUUAGACAGAAAUGCAUUUUCAGAAUGUUCUACUUGUGUACCUCAUUAUACAAAUCAAUCGGAUAUAAUAUUAAUGGACACGAGCUUAAUGCACAUAAUUUAUUUUGUCAUGAGCCUUUAUGUGGCACGAUUCGAUUUGUCUGUCGCCCACUUGAUUUCCUGAUAUGACGUUUAAUUUGUAGAUCUUAUUAUAUCGCAGCCAAUCUUAUAUAUUCUCAAUUUUUCCACCACCAUCUUAGAACACACUUAUUGCAAGGAUGAAGAUAAGUAUUUCAAACAAACAAUUAUGUUAUAACAAAUAAUAAUAUCCCUAAAUAUAAAGUGGGUAUCUCAAAUCUGAAAACAUUAUUAUUUUUUAUUUAUAUUAAGGUUUGAGAAUCCCACUAAGAACCUUGCAACAUGGUGUUCCUAUACAAACGUAAACUUUGCAGUAUUUGCAAUCGGUAUGCUCAAUUUAAGUAUAUAAAAGCCAUGUUCUAAAAAGCGGUCCAGGCAGCGAUUAGAUACUAACUAAAUUUUAUAAAACUGUAGCGGUUACUUUUUAUGCUUACGAAAAUAAAUAAUAUAAAAUGUAUCAUUUAUAGACAAUAAUAUUUAAUAAAAACAUUGUAUUUUUUAAUAUAUAGUUAUAAUUUAUAAAUGUCUAAAUCGUCUAACUAAUAAUAUAAAUUUCCGUUUAAUCAUUCUAGGUAUUUGGCGUGGGAUCACUGCCCGUUUGCGCCUAGCGCUGAACAUUGUAUAAAUAAUAUCCUAUAUAAAGUAUCUAAAAAGUGGAAUUCUAUGUCUUAGAAAAAUCACAAGUCUUAUUAUAUAUUCCUAUUCGUAAAGGUUGACCUCCUACUAACACACAUAAAAUUUCCGUGAAUUCUAAUAGAUUUUUCUUUUUCUUCCUGUUGAAACUAUAGUUUUCUUUUUGCCGACCAACCUAGUCAAAACAAAAACAAAAACUAUCUUAUAGACUCCCACGUAGUAGUUAUCUAUAUUUCAUAGAACAUUGUAGAAAUAUAAACAUGUUACUAACCCUAAACAAAUAAAACUAGGGAGAGAGCUUUUAUGAAAACUUAUAGUUUAAAGUUUAAACAAUUACAUGCAUGAUUAAUGAUUUCAUUGGCAUUAAGAAACAUACACGUGUCUCUGUCUGAUAGUCUUAAAAACAUAUGUUAGUGGAAUUCAAAGCGAAGACCAUUCAGACAAAGUCUGUCCUCAAGUAAACGCAGCCGCCAUCUCUUACCAUCAACCAUUUGUUAUAUACUAUCAUUUAAUUAUACACACACGACUUUAUUACAAAACCAUAUUAUACGUUUUUGCUUUUUUUUUUCAUCAAAUGGAUCAUGAAGAGGAGGAGAUCGAGAUCCCUAACUACUUUAUCUGCCCAAUCUCACUAGAAAUUAUGAAAGAUCCAGUCACGACCGUUUCUGGCAUCACUUACGACCGUCAAAGCAUCGUUCAGUGGCUAGAGAAGGUCCCAUCUUGUCCCGUGACGAAGCAGCCUCUUCCUCUAGACUCCGAUCUUACGCCUAACCAUAUGCUUCGCCGUCUCAUCCAACACUGGUGCGUCGAGAAUGCAACGCGCGGUGUUGUUAGAAUCCCUACUCCUAGAGCUCCUCCAGGGAAGCCUAACAUCAUCGAGGAGAUCAAGAAUCUCAAAAAGUUUGGACAAGAAGCCUUAGGAAAAGAAGACACGUUAAAGAAGCUUGAAGUGUUAGCUAUGGAGGGAGAGAGAAACAGGAGACUGAUGUGUGAAGGAGGUGUACAUAAGUCUUUGAUCUUGUUCAUAGUCAAGUAUGCUCGUGAAGAAGAAGAGGAGGAGGGGCAACAUCAUAUCAAAGGGAAGCUAGAUGAGUCUCUACGUCUUCUUCACUUGAUCGGUGUUCCGUUAAAUGAAGCAAGAACAAUCUUGAUCGAAAAUGAACGGAUCUUGGAAUCGUUGACUAUGGUCUUAAACCAAAAAGAUUUCAUGAACAAGGCUUAUACUAUUGUCCUCUUGAGGAACCUAACUGAAAACACAUCCUCUCAUAUCGUCGAGAGAUUGAGUGCUGAGAUAUUCAAAGGCAUCAUAGGGUUUCUCAAGGACGUUGUAAGUCGUUCCAAUCGCGUAAACCCUAGCGUGUGCGCUACGGUACAACCAUCAAACUCUAGAGUGAGAAACAAGGCACCAUCGAAACUAGAUCAUAGCGUGGUUAUUAAACAAGCUGUGAUCGCUGCGCUGAUGAUUCUUCUAGAGACCUCUUCUUGGAGCAGGAACAGAACCAUCCUUGUGGAUCUCGGAGCGGUUUCCAAACUCAUUGAACUUGAAAUAAGCUCAACUGGCGAGAAGAGAACCACUGAACUUGUGCUGGGAAUCUUGUCUCGUUUAUGUUGUUGUGCAAAUGGUAGAGCUGAGUUUCUCGCUCAUAGAGGAGGGAUAGCGAUUGUGACAAAACGGUUGUUGAGGGUUUCGGCUGCAGCAGACGAUAGAGCUAUCUCUAUACUAAGCUCAGUGUCCAAAUAUUCGCCGGAAAGCGAAGUGGUGGAAGAGAUGGCUAGCGUAAGUACAGUAAAGAAGCUUUGCGCUGUCCUAAGUAUAGACUGUAGCUUAAGCUUGAAGGAGAAAGCGAAAGAGAUACUUAGAAAUCAUAUUGAUGAGUGGAAGAAGUUUCCAUGCAUUGAUGUAGCUCUAAUUUCUAAGCUUUUAAGCUCUUCACCCAAAGAUCUACUCACCGAGUAUUACUCACGAGUUGGUGUUUAGCACUUUUGCGUUAUGUACUCCAAUCAAGUAAAUUGCUCUCCAAGAUGAUGUAUGUAGCAAGAGAUAACAUCACCAAAUGAAUUUUAUGCAGUGAUUCUUGAUCUAA